GGCAAACAAGUAAAAGUCUUUAUAAAGGUAUUUUUGCCAAAGAAUCUUUCAUUAGCGAAAUUGUCUUCACAACAGCUUAUAAAAUGAAAGUAGCUGUUGUUUUGCUCGCCUUUGGGGUUGCCUGUGUGUCUGCUGGUAGUUACGGUGGGCAUGGUCAUGGUAUGGGAUACCAGCAAUACACCCAGUACGUUCAACCUCAGUACAUUCAACCUCGGCCCCAGUACGCCCAGGUUCAGUACUACCAACCCGUGGGUGCUAACGUCGGAGGCAGCGGAAGUGGAAAUCUGUUAGGCGGAAGUGGAAGCCUGGGCGGUGGAUAUGGGGGCGGUAUAGGGGGCGGUAUAGGGGGUGGAUCUGGUGCGAUCAUUCCAAUUAUUAUCAUCUUUGUCUUAUUGGCUAUCUUCGCACCGGUUUUGAUCGGUUCCCUAGUAUCAAGCAAUGAUGCUCUCUUUGACAGCUUGGGUAGCAAUUAAAGAAUCACUCAUGGGAAAAGAGAAAAGGAUAUGUUCUACUGCCUGUAUAUCAUUUGAAUUAAAUUUCCAAUAUAUUUAA